AUGUGCACGGUGCCGAAGGACCUAGCUGUUGUCUCGUCGUCGCCGGCCAUUUCUCCUUCCGCCUCCUCCCCUGCCCCCUCCUCCGCCUCCGCUGUCUCGCAUUCCCUCCUUCAGGCCACCAUUUUUCCGCCCAGCCGUCGAAAAAGACGCAGAGACGGUGACUGUCCCUCCACGUCCACGGCGGGUGUCACAUCGUCUUCUGUGCUAGCAUCGGGGUCUGCGACAGUGACGACGAUGCGAGACACAGAGAGCAAUAGCGCCCUAAUUGAUUCCGAGGCGGCCACCACGACUACAUCAUCGACAAUUACGACAGGAACUCUCCCGAACGCAGACAACACCCUCUUACGGAAAAUUCUCGCCGGUGCUGAUCUAGCCAGUGUUCGCAAUCACAGCGUUCUGGUGGACAGUAACUUUUCCCUGCGCCGAACUUCCUCUAUGUCCACUGCUUCCUCGCGCUACAGGUCUUGUACGCCUGACCCCAAUUCCGACGACAAGCGUCGACGACGUUCCACUAUGUUCAGUCAUCUUACUCUGCCACGACGGACCUCUGAUCAUGAGGAGGAGGAACAGCGUCCUUGCAAGCGUUUGAAGGAACAUGGAGUUGAUGGAAAUAAGAGCGGAAACAGUUCCCCUCUGGUUCCCAUCAAAGUUGAAUCUCGUGAUCCUGAAGAUCACCCGCCCUACGCCACCCCUGCUUCCUCUUCAUCUGACGUCACUAAUGGCAACAGCAAUCCCGGUACUAACAUCGUUAACACGCCCCUCGACAUAACCGAAAGGUCGACUUCCAAGUUUCCAGGCAAACCGUCGAAACGCUGGCGGUUGAAGAGUCCAAUCUGUCAAUCCCCCUCACAUAGCCUGAGUCCUCCUACUGUUGCUAGCACUUCAUGUGUGGAUCCAACCGAAGUUUUUCCUAUGCGUCCACGGGCAAGAACCACUUCGGAGUUGGAUAAUGCCAUCAGAAUGUUCACCGAGGGGAAGUACCAUCUGAACCGAUUUCGGUUGGACUCUUUUGACUCCCCCAGUGGUGGCCUCAAGGCGGAGAAAACAUCUACCACUCCUAAAAGUGGCGACCUAAGACGUGGAGAACCCGGUGAUAAGUCCUGCGAUAUAACGUCUCCCCUAAGCCAGCUUCUUGAAUCCACUCCACCUUACAGCGGUGGAACAAAUACCAUCCACCCGCGGGCUAAUACCACCACAUCUGUGUUUCCUUGGUCAUAUGCCACAACCCUGAAGGGUAGCACAGGUGCAAGUCCCUCUUCCGUGGCUCGUGUAAGCCAGCCCCUCCCUGGAAAUGGAUCUAAGCAUCACUUACAACAUCCUCCUCAUCGUCAUCACCCGGACCUGGAGAUGCUCAAUUUCACUAAGGCUCCCGUCACUGUGUCUUCGGAUUCCGUGGCCUCCAUUCUUGCCGCGACAGCUCUCAACUCCUCCCAGUUCUUCCAGGGCAUUCGGGACGAGCAGAUGUUGAAUCUCAGUCGGAAAGAAGUCUCUAGACAACUUCCUCCACCACCACCGCCACCACCUAUCCCACCUCCAAUUUCACUCUCCCUCACCAGCGACGACAUCCUCCAGUGGUCACCCAAUCAAAUGGCCGCGUUACAACAACUAUUUCGCCUCCCUGACACUACGGGCGCCGUGGUUCAAUCAAUAUCUCGUCCGUCAGUCAGUCAAGAAGCCAAGUUGCCGAUCCGGUUGGCUCAUGUCAACCGACUCCUCUUGUGUCGUCGGGUGGCCGAGUGGAUGCUUGUAGCCAACAACUGGGCAAUGCAAAUGUGUCCGGCGCCGAUUAUGCCCGAGAACUCGCUGCUAGCGACGGCUGCAACCUAUCGCUACUGUCGGUGCUCUGAGGCGGAGCUAAGCAUGGCGCAUCAGAUUGAUAUGCGGUUGGAGAUGCCGAGAGUGGGAAUGGGCUUGAAAGCCGUUCUCCACCGUAUAUGGCCUCAACUCUUGUUGGCUUCCAUGAUUAGGGAGAACUUCUCGUUCUCCACCACGCCUAUUCCCACAACAGAAUUGAGUUCCCUGAUUGGCGCUACCGGUGGACGGGAGGGUGGUGGUGGUGGUGUUGUAAGCGGUGUGGAGUUAAAUAUCGCCAAGGCGGGAACCGCCGAUUCGCUGAAGAAUCUCAUCAAGGCGGGAAAUCAGCUCUUCCUUGACACUCAGGUUUUUGAGUGUGUGAGGAAGUGCAUCUUCGCCCAGCAACAACGAUUCACUUUCAGUUCAGGUGGGUGCUGGCUGACUUUACCUGCCCACACAGGCAUGGACGAUGUCGACGACGGCCUCCUAGCGGCCGUCUCGCGUGAUUUCGCACAUUGGACACCGCGGUUCAGCGAUGCCUUUCCGGACUACUACCCCGUAUCCUACUCCACUGCGAUCGAUGAGUUGCGCCAGUGCUGUCACCGUUGCUCCGGUGACGUCUCGCUCUUCAACAACGUGGUCCUCCUUAUGAAUGAGAUGCAGUCAAUCAAUCCGGAGGGUCUGCACUGCCUCUUCUCUAUCGAUAGGCUCUCGGGUCUGUUUGUGCCAGCCUCGGAUCCUCCCUCCUCCUCCUCCUCCUCGGCGUCUUGA